CCACACUCAACAUGUAUUCAUCUUCAUCUACCUACAUUGUUUUUUAUAUCGACGACCGGCUAUCCCAAACACCACUUUCAUAUCACCGUGGCGCCCUCCUUUCUCCUACAUAGUCUCAUCGUCUUGGUCGCAUCCACUCUCCUCUACCACUUCUCGCUGCUGCCGCCACCAACAACAUUCUUCACAAUGCCCCGCCGCGGGACAAACGCGACCGAUCCCAAUACAACCGCACCUGCGGGUUCCAUGUGGCCAGACACCUUCACCGAUGGUUUGCCCUUGCCCAAGAUCAUCGCAUUCGACCUGGAUUACACAUUAUGGCCGUUCUGGGUCGAUACGCACGUCACCCGCCCAAUCAAGGCCCAGGAGGGAGGACAAAAGGUCAAGGAUCGAUACGGGGAAGGUUUCGCAUUCUACCCACAUGUCCCUAGUAUACUAGAGGCGCUCAACCAAAAAUCCAUUCUCGUCGCUGCCGCUUCACGCACCCACGAUCCUGACUUGGGCCGUGAAAUGCUCAGAUUACUCAAAGUACCCUCGUCGUCUACUAUGUCUUCCUCGAAAAGUGCAAUUGAAUACUUCGACAACCUUCAGAUCUACCCUGGUAGCAAGACGACCCACUUCGAGCGUAUCCACAGGGAUACGGGGAUUCCCUAUGAAGAAAUGCUGUUCUUCGAUGACGAGAGCCGGAACAAGAAUGUGGAGGUUUUGGGCGUGGUAAUGUAUCUGGUCAGAGACGGUGUGAGUAGAGCCGUGAUAGACAGAGGUGUCAGAGACUGGCGGAAGAAGAAUGGGAAGGUUGCUGCUUGA